ACCGCGUUCCUGACUUUGGAUCGCUCUCAUCUCCCACCUGUUGAGAAGCUGAGGCAGUAGGAAAGGGCUCUACCCUUUGGGGUAAAAGGGUGAUAUUCAGAGUGGCAGCGGCGCACUUGUGUGCCUUCAGUGCUCUGGCGACAGGUUACUAGCUCCGACUCCGGCUGAAAGGAUGUCAAUGGAUAUAAUAAAGGGCAACCUAGAUGGAAUUUCAAAACCAGCCUCAAGUUCAAGAACACGUCCCGGGAGCAGGAGUUCGAGUGUUUCUUUAGAGGUGCUCUCACCAGAACCAGGGCCCUGCAAGGUUGAAACUGCAAGCAAGUUAAAUUCUGGUAAAGAGGACUGCUCAGAAAGCAGCAAUCCAGAGGAAAGAAGAGACAGUAAGGAUAAUAAAGGUACAGAAUAUUCUGGGAAAAUAAAACUGGUCAAACAGGGAUCAGAUGAAGAUCUGGACUUGGUUCAACAUCACAUAAUCCCUGAGCAUUCAGAUGAACCCAAAUCAAAAGAAUCAGAUUCUCAACUUCAAGAUGCUAUUCAUAAGAUGAACAGACUUGAUAAAAUAUUGGCAAAGAAACAGUACAGAGAAAAAGAAAUUAAGAAGCAAGGUCUAGAAAGGCGAAUAAAGCUCUGGGAAGAACUUAAGUCUGCAAAAAUUAGUGAAGCUUUGCAAAGUAAUGAGGAGAUGGAAAAUACAAAAAAAUUUUUAUCUUUGACGGCUGCAUCCGAACAAACUGCCGGUCCUUCUCAUUCUGAGGAUGAAGACAGCUUUUUCUCAGUGUUUCAUACUCAGGUUCCUCCAGAACAUUAUGAAAAUGGUAUGCAGGAUGUCAAUCGAGAUUUUACCUAUGAUGUGGAAAGGAAUGAGUCAUUGAUCAAAACAGAAGAGAAACCUUUCUCAAAAACAGAAAAGAUUGAGCUAAGGGACAAACCCAACCAGGAUUUUGUUAAGCGAAACAUUGAGUUAGCCAAGAAAUCCAGAAGUCCAGUGCCUAUGAGUGACACAGAAAAGAAAAGGCUGGAUGAACUUUUGAAGGACAUAGAUGAUAGAGAUUCGGGGCUGUCCAGUUCUGAGGGGGAUCACUGUGGUUGGCUGUUUCCAGGAGAAGGAUACACAUUUGCAGCCAAUGAGCAUAAGCAGCUUGCUGAAAUUGACACAAAACUCCAAGAGCUCUCUGCUAUCUCCCCAGCAGCUUCUAGCUUUUCUCCAAGACUUGAAAAUGAAAAUGAUCAGGAACCUGACCUUGUUGAUGAAAGAAAUGUGGAAAUAACUCCAGGAGAACAGGUACUCCGAGACACUAAAGAGCAGCGGGAUCAGAAAAAUCGACUGAAAGAGAUAGAUGAAAGACUGAGGAAGAUCAAGGAAAAUGUGCUAGAUUCUACAUCAUUUCUCUCUGAUGAACACUUAAAGUGUCUUCUGGACAAAUACACAUUCAAACAGAAAUCCAUCAAUAGAUUGAUUUCUGGAAAAGAAAAUGAAGGCAUUGAGGAUAAGAUACCCGACUUGCCCCAAAUUUCCAGAUCUAUCCUGUCAGAGUUACUAAAUGAGUCAGAAGUAAAAAUCCAGAACACAGGGGUGGAAGAUGGAAGCAUGGAGCAGAACGCAGACUGUGAAGCUUCUAUGGGUUAUUAUCUCACUAAAGCCUUGGCUGGGCAUUGUAUGUCGGAAGCUCUUAUUAUGGAAGCAGAGGAAAUGAAGUGCCUUCAGUUUUCCAAAGAGGAGGUUAUUAGUAACACAGAAGACUAUUUUAUGUCCAAGACCGUGGGCAUCGGGAGACUCCAGAAGCCUUCUUUCUUGGAUGAUCCACUGUAUGGUAUCAAUGUGAGCCUUUCAUUGGAAGACCAGUAUCUGAAACUCAGUCCUCCCAAGGAACCAGCACCAGAUAAACAGGAGAUGAAAGAGGUGAUGGAAGAAUAUAAAGAAUCUUAAGCAAGGACUUGCUAGGAUAUGCUCUUAAGACAGUUGGUAAUUAAAUUAAAUUCCUUAUUUUCUCUGAAUUCUUUAAAUUCAAUGAGUACUGUGGGGACUGUUUCCCAAAUAAUGACUUUGAUAUGUGAAAUCUCUUACAGAUUUCAUUUCCUUGAUAUUUUUGAGACUUGAGGUAUAAUUGUUCAAUAGUUUUUCUUCACUGAAAUUUCUGCAAAAUAUAUUUAUAAAUGUAUCAGGGAUACAUUAUGAAAACCAACAUUUUAAUGUAUGCAUUAUGUUAAGCAUAGUGGAAAUGGUGUGAUUAUACUAUACUUUAUUUUAUGUGCUUCAACUUUAUUGUAAUGCAGAUUGUGGUCACUAUGGAUUUUGUUUUGAUCUGUUUUUCCUUUUUUCAGUCUGUUCAGUGUCUGUGGGUACAACUUACCAUGGGAAGAAUCAGACUUCCUCAAUAAAGCAGCAUUAGGGAAACCUGUAGUAUCUUAUUAAUGAUGAUACUUAUUGAGGUAGGAAUGUGAUGUUAUUUGAUACAUUUCUCUUUGUUAUGUUCUUUUACUUGGGGUCAUUUAGAACACAAUAAAUAAAGAUGAACUACUGUUUAUGAAAAGUAUGUAAUAUUAUUUUAAGACAAGUUUACUUAGUUAUAUAUCAGUAACCUGGAUUCAUAGGAAAAUUUUAUAUCAACACUUCCUAUGAUGAAUUAACCUUAGAACUAAAAGUCAACUAUAUUUCGGAUUUGAAAAAUGAGCCAGCUGUUGUACUGCCUUUAAUAAAAUUUGGAAUAAUAUGUAUGUGUCAUUGUUAGUAUUUGCUGGCCCGUGUUCAUCUACCGAUGUUGGGUAGUAAUGUUUGUUGAUGUCAUUGUAUUGUUUGGCCUUUUGGAAUGAAGCUACUCUUUUUGGAAAUGUCAAUAGGCAGUUUCUUUUUCCAGUCUUCGUAUUUCUAUUUACUAUUUAUUCAUUUAAAAUACCAACAGUUCAUACUGGUAUCAGUGUGCUGCAGUGUAACUUACCCUGACAUCAAGAGUUCUGCUGAGGGGUGUCUGCGGAAGUUAAAGGUCAUGAUUUUAGGUUGUCAUAGGAAUGGCUUGGCACUGCUAGGUUUGGGUAGAGGUGACAUGGGCGGGAAUGGGGGUAGGACAGAGAAAAACCCUUGCAGAAGAGCUCAGCUUUCUAAUCCCACAUUUUUCCUUCCAUGUGUUAGAGGAGUGGGUAAAGGGAGAGAGAAACAAAAUCUUUUUUUGUGGACACUGCAAAGGGCUUGCUACAUUCUGCACUUCUGCAAGUAGUAUUUGGGGCACAGCGAGCCCUUCUGCAACGGUAGUUUUGAUAAGAGGAAGGCAAACAGUGAUACUGAGUAAUGAAUGUUGUCAGUGAAAGAAGUGGCAGCGCUGCAUCGCAUGUUAAGUGACAAGGGCUGGUAAACUGACUUUACGAUAAAAUUCAGCAUGCAGCUUCCAGAUUUACAAAGCCCCAGACACCUUGGUUUACAGAGAAUGUGUUUUAUUAAAAACUUAUUGAAAACAAGUGUUUUAUACUGAGCUUCCUUCUAAGCCCUUGUGUUUGCCUAGAAGAAGAAUAAAAAGUAUUCUAUAGAAGAGAAAGAAAGAAUGAAGUUGUUCUGGGGAUGAAUUUAGGAACUUAAAACUGUGGUUUUUCUAUGUAUGACUCUUCAAAAACAACCAUUUGUUGGCACCACCUCAGUAGUACGUUCCCAAGGACCUGAAGCUUAUUACCCUUCAUCUAACUCUACCCAAGCCCUGACAAUAAACUCCUGCAAGAGGAAAAAACUAUCACCGUGAUGAUGUGAUUUUAAUGAACCUGCCUACUUGUAGGUCGGUUUCAGAGCAAAAAUGAAACACGCCUGGGGAGAAAAGCUGUCUUCAGCCACGUUUUCUGUCUCAUCCUGAUAUUCACAACUUGUUUAGCUGCGCUGCCUAUAAAUUAAUUAGCAUUCUAUUCUGAGAAAGGAUGAUAUCAUGUUUCAAAUAAUUAUUCUUUCAGAUCAGUUUCCCAGAUUACACAACCAUUUCUAGCUCUUUCUCCCUCAGCUUGGCCCUGUAAAGUAAUUUGGCACUUUAUAAUAUGUGAUCACGCUACUUGGGUCGGCAUUUUUAGAAUCAGAGAGAAAAGUCAAUGAGGAAGAGUUUAUCUCAUUCAGCCAGUCUUUCUGUUGUCUAACAGACCUCAAAACAAGACCCUUAAUUUAUAUAAGUUCUUUUUUUAUUAUUAAAACUGGAAAUUAUGUGCUCAGCAUGUCACAUUCAUGAUUGGUCCAUCUGAAACUCUAGUCUGCUUAUUUUACAUUUUGGCCUUUUCUUCCCAAAAUGUGGUACUUACACCACACACAUACUGCUUCCAAGUUUUACAUUUAUUUUUAGGCAUCAGUUUUUGACCAAAGACCAAAUUCUCGACAAGGCAGCAAUUCAUGGCUCCCCUUUUCAAGGACAGCUUCUCCCUUGUCACACUUGCUGUUGAGGCUGCUGUGCCCGUGACCCUGCUGUCCAUGGGUGCCAUCGCCUACAAGUCAGAUGGGGCUGCAAGUUACACGUGUGUCACAGCUACUCUUCCCUUUGUUCUUAUUGUUCUAGAAACAGAACUGGACUUUGAGAAGGACUCAAUAUAUGAAGUCUGACAUUGAUAUAAAAUUGUUUUUUGGGAGCGCGUUUUUAGUUAGGGGUCAUUUCUCUAUUGUAUGCUUUUAAUAUGGUAAUGUUAUUUUGCAUUUUGUUCCACAAAUCUAGCAAAUGUGUAUUCUAAUCCUAGUCUUGUGCAACUCUGGCUUUCUGCAUCAUGUAGGAACUAUGAAUGUUACUAUUAUUCAUUGUAAUUUCAUAUUGUGUAUGCUC